ACGGCGUCCGGCCCGAGCGAGAGAAAAGAGGAGCGCCGCCGCCGGCGACCUCAGCCCCCGCCGGCAGCCACCGGAGAUUGGAGGGUCUGGGCGAAACCCAAGCCGUGUGUAUCUUCCCAGUUGAUCAGAUUUCGGAGGAGACCACGCACUCCGGAGCCAUCAACUGCCAGGUUCUUCUCGGGCCUCAGCUGAUCUCCGUUGGAGCCAUGGGGAAAGACUAUAGCAGGCUCAGCGCUUUGCCUGAUGACAUUCUGCUCAACAUUCUUGACCGACUCGGUGUCCUCGACGCCGCAAGAACCAGCAUCCUCUCCAGACGGUGGACUCAGCUCGCCGCCAAGCUCUCUCGGCUUAUUAUAAACGCUCAGGACUUCCUGCCCGAGGGUGUGUCAAACGUCAAUGUGUCUGAUGAUGAGAUGUUUCGGGUGAAUGCUGCUGCCGCCGAAGCCACAAAGAGCAUAUUGACGCGCAGAAAUCCGGGUGAGCACACCAUCCGCGUCCUGUCUACCGCGUUCUACCUGAGAGAUGAUGUCCCCGUUUCAAUUGGACAAGCUGUUGGUCGUGCCGUGGAGACACACUUGGUUGAGACGGCCCAAUUCAGCGUUAUGACAGGUAAGGUUGGCACUGAUGACGUCGAUGAUGAUGAGCUGGUCAUCUACGGGAGAGAAUUCAUGCGGUUCUUUGAGGCCUGUCCAAAUGCAUUCGGUGGUCUCACUAGCCUCGACAUAGAGAACUUGAGGUUUGGUGAAUCAGACAUAUCCAACAUCCUCAUCACUUGCAAGCGGUUGAAGCAUCUGCGUUUGCUCAACUGCGACUCGGGUGAUCCCAGCACACUGCAAGUUGAACACUCGCAUCUCAGUGAGCUCAGUAUCGUCAAUUGCCUUCUCGAACAAGUUAAGCUGAACUGGCUCCCUCAACUCACACAGAUGACCUUUGAUGGUUGGAUAAAUUACCAAGAUCCACUGGUGCUUGGUCAUGUCCCAUUGCUCGAGACUGUAAGCCUCACAAAUAUUGGCUAUAGUUUUCACAAUCUAGUCAAGUUAAGUGAGUUUCUUUGCGGUACCUCUAUACGGGAUCUGAAGUUGGGAUUUAAAUCUGAAAAGGUUUGGGUGCAGCCAGAAUUACCGACCAAAAGUCUGGCAUCUGUGUUCCGCCAACUAAGGUUUGUGAAUCUGGUUGAUCUUCCUGAAGGGUAUGAUCUCACCUGGACAAUGUUUAUUCUUGAAGCUGCGCCCUUACUGAAGGAGCUAUACAUAACAGUAUGGGAUCAUGCGUGUAUAAUGGAAACAGAUGAGGAGGUGAGGAAAGAAAAUUUGUAUAGCGAGAACAGGGGUGUAGAGUGGGACUCGGCUGCACCUGAUUUCCAGCACCACAAUUUGGUCACACUUAUCAUCUUUGGCUAUAAAUCUGAAGAUUGCAUGGUGAGUUAUCUCAGACGUGUUAUGGCGUCGGCGGUGAAUCUAAAGGACGUGUUCCUGUAUGGUAAGUUGUUGUGCAAUCACUGCCAGGAUGAGAAGCCGAGCAGGUUCCCUUGGACUAAAAGACAGAAGAUAUCAUUGAAGAAGAGAGUUACCGCCGGAAUCGAGUCGUUUGCCAUAAUUCGCUCUUGCUCAACAUUGAGGGCUGAUCAUCUAGCAAAGAUUGUGCACCCGCAGUGUUGGUUGGAUAUAUCCAGAACAACGUUGCUAAGUCAGCAGCCAGUUGUUUGACAUGUUUGUUACUUUGAUUAAGAGUUUUUUAAAUUAUUUCGUUUUGCCCGCUGGUGCUGCUGUUAUGUAACCUCUUAUACAAAAAGGAUCAUGGUUAUUGUAAGAAGUUAUCAUGAAUUAGAAUUCGCUGUAGCGCAGUAUGAUGAUCUCUCUUGUUA